AUGGAUGGUGAAUAUCAAGAAGUUUACAUAAGGAAUUCAAGAGGAGUGCAGCUUUUCACUUGCAGAUGGUUGCCUUUUUCCUCUCCAAAAGCCCUCGUUUUCCUUUGCCAUGGGUAUGGCAUGGAGUGCAGCGGUUUCAUGAGAGAAUGUGGUGUUCGACUGGCAAAUGCGGGGUAUGCAGUGUUCGGAAUUGAUUACGAAGGACACGGACGCUCGAGAGGGGCCAGAUGUUACAUUAAGAAGUUCGAAAACAUAGUGAAUGAUUGCAAUGAAUUCUUCAAGUCCAUUUGUGCGGAGGAAGAGUACAAGGACAAGUGCAGGUUCUUGUAUGGAGAAUCCAUGGGAGGUGCAGUAGCCCUUCUGCUUCACAAGAAGGAGCCGACUUUUUGGAAUGGUGCUGUUCUUGUUGCACCCAUGUGUAAGAUAUCAGAGAAGGUCAAACCGCAUCCGCUGGUUAUCAAUGUGUUGACCAGAGUGGAGGAGAUUAUUCCCAAAUGGAAGAUAGUGCCUACAAAAGACGUCAUUGACUCGGCCUUCAAAGACCCUGUAAAACGCGAAGAGAUAAGGAGCAACAAGCUGAUCUACCAAGACAAGCCAAGGCUGAAAACAGCGUUGGAAAUGCUCAGAACUAGCAUGAGCCUUGAACACACUUUGCAUGAGGUGAGGCUACCCUUCUUUGUAUUGCAUGGGGAGGCAGAUACGGUUACAGACCCAGAAGUCAGCAGAGCACUGUAUGAGAAAGCCAGCAGCGCAGACAAGACCAUCAAAUUGUACCCUGGAAUGUGGCAUGGCCUGACAUCAGGAGAGCCAGAUGGGAACGUCGAAAUUGUCUUUGUAGACAUCAUAACUUGGCUUGAGAAGCACACCAGUGAUGACAAUUCCGUCAUCGUGCAACCAAUUCACACAUAUAGGAAUGCCAUUCUCAAGAUGAACACCACAGCCUCACCACCCCAAACAAUAAACAAGCAGCAUCAGCAGCAGUCGCCUCGGCCUGUGCGAACACAGUCGCACAUGAGAUAUUUCUGUGGGUUGAAGGGACGCAGAUUGCAGCAUCACUCGGCAAUGUAG